GCGUGCACGAGUCCAACAAUGACUCGGGAUUAUACCGUGUACAUGAUUCCUGCUGUUUCUCCUUUUGUCUUUCUUCUGCUACUCGAAGGCGCCCGACUGAAGGCUUCUCUUUUCACUUAGAGUUGAUGGAUCGCAUGUAAGGCAUCUCGUUGGUUGCCCUGGUAACGGUGGAGCUGAGCGGGAAGGUGUGAAAGUGCAGGAAUACGGGUGUUGUUCCUUUGUCUUCCAUCAGAUCUCAAGAUCCGCUCCUUCAUUGGGAACAUCAGGUUCUGUUGUGGUGAAGAAUGCAGAGAGGAGGUUUACCAAAACAUAAACUACCAUAACCACGGGCGAGAAAAGAAGAUUUCCAUUAGCAAAAAGAAAGAAAGGGACGUGACAAUGGGCCGAAAGAAGAUACAGAUUACCCGCAUUAUGGAUGAGAGAAACAGACAGGUGACGUUCACGAAGAGGAAGUUUGGUCUGAUGAAGAAGGCGUAUGAGCUCAGUGUUCUCUGCGACUGUGAAAUAGCCCUGAUUAUCUUCAACAGCUCCAACAAGCUCUUCCAGUACGCCAGCACGGAUAUGGACAAAGUCUUGCUGAAAUACACAGAAUACAAUGAACCACACGAGAGCAGAACCAACUCUGACAUUGUGGAGGUGCUGAGCAAGAAGGAACACAGAGGUUGUGACAGCCCAGAUCCAGAAUCUUCUUAUGUCCUCACGCCUCACUCAGAGGAGAAAUAUCAGAAGAUUAAUGAAGAGUUUGACAAUAUGAUGAGGAAUCAUAAAAUUCCGGCUGCUUUGGGUCACCAGAGUUACUCCAUGCCUUUGACUUUGCCCGUCGCCAACCCCACCACCUCCUACAGUACAGACAGCUCACUGGACACCCCAGUGUCCCUCAGCGGGGCGAACAUACUGUCUCUGUCCUCCAACGGCUUCCAGAGCACCAACAGCACUGCUGUCAUGGAUGGUUCCUCAGACGUCCCACUUCCAAAUGGUGUGCACUCCAGUCAUGUGGCCAAUGGCUUCGUCGGUGGCUCGGAAGGAAGUAGAAUGGGAAAAGUCGUUUCUGCGAAACCUCAAGGCUCGUCUUCAGUGGGCCUCAAACCUGAUCUGAGAGUCCUCAUUCCUCCUGCGUGCAAGAGCAGCGCUUCUUCCCUGCUGCCAGAAGAAGGAGAGGAGCAUUUGAGAAUAGACAAUUCUCAGUCCAGCCAAUCACUGGCCACACCUGUGGUAUCCAUGGCAACCCCAAGUCUGCAUCCCCAGGGCUUUGUGUACUCAGCCAUGACCUCAUCAUUCAGUACAGAUUUUGCCUUAAGCAGUGCAGAGGCCAGUUCUUUACACGGCUUCGGUUCAUCAGACGAUGUCACAUCCGGUCCAGGGUCUUCAUGGAAACUCAGCCAACAUAGUCAGCCAGGGUUCAGUUCUCAGAGAACCACACAACCUCAAGUUCAGGCCUCUGACUCUUCUGCCGCCUCCAUCAGCAUCAAAUCCGAGCCCGUGUCCCCCCCCAGACACCCGCUGUACCCCACCAUCCACACCAGGCCGCGGCCCAACUCCACACAGGAAGUGGGCCGUUCUCCUGCCGACAGCUUCAGCUCUUCUGUGAGCUCAAAUGAGGGCAGUGACCGCGAGGACCAGCGACUGGACUCGCACACGGCCACCGCUACAUCAGCACAGGGCUCUAGAUCAUCGCCAGAGAUGGAGAACUCAGUCAAACGCAUGCGCACAGACAGCUGGGAAACUUCACAGUGAUUGGCUCUUUAAACAAGCCGACAGAUAUGCAGACUGCUGCUCUAUCACGUUUUGUGCAACAAACAAUGCGAAGACGCUUUUAAAGCAGCUGUAAAUGUGUGCAGGUGUUUGUAUUGUUGUAAAAUGUACAUUUUCAUAUUGUUAAAGAUCUAAGUUAUGAAGUGUCUUAAACUUAUUUUUUUGUCAACAGAGGAUUAGCCUUGCUGCAUUAUUUGCAGUAUAUUGUUUUUACAAGUGUGUUUUUUUUAAUCUUUUGUGUUUUUAUCUGAAUCCUCAAUCAAAAGCGUAUAAAUAUUGAUUGGGAGUUGCUAUUUAGUGUAUGUGUUUGAUGCCCUGGGGAUCAGAUUUUACAGGACAUUUGAUUUGUUUGCGGUUUUUUUUGUGCUACGGGCACAGAACUGUUUGAAAUAGGAAACUUAUAAAACCUCAGUGGAGGAUUUACUUGUCUGUCAAGUUUUAGAUGAAUCUCAGGUAUCUGCAUUUUCAAUCAUCAACAGUCGGUCAAAUGACACUUUCAGAUAUCUCAAGAUUUGUGGAGAAAAGAUGAUCAAAUGUCCCACCAAGGCCUAUUAACACCCCUAGAGGAGGAUAAAAUGAGCUAAAAUCAUAAAAUUGCCUUUCUUAAAACCACAAUCCCUCUGUAAGAGAACGCAGUUUAAAAAUGUCAAUUUUGAAGAUAAUUCGAAAACUAUUUAGUGAAUUAGAUGUUUAAUAUAAUUUAUAUAAUGUAGGAAAUACUGUCACUUUAAAUACCCUGUAUUUAACAAGCAUUUAAAAAUAU